GAGAGAGAUAAGAUUUUAUUGACAAGAGUUGUGAUAUUUGAGCUGGUGUCUACAUUGAAAUUUAAAAUAAGUAUACCAGAUGAUAACUUGCUGGUCUUGGUACAGUUUGUAUUAUUAGAUACUGGAGGUAGUCUAUGUUCUAGUAUAUUAUCAGAUGAUGUUGUAUUAGAUACUGGAGGUAGUCUAUGUUCUAGUAUAUUAUCAGAUGAUGUUGUAUUAGAUACUGGAGGUAGUCUAUGUUCUAGUAUAUUAUCAGAUGAUGUUGUAUUAGAUACUGGAGGUAGUCUAUGUUCUAGUAUAUUAUCAGAUGAUGUUGUAUUAGAUACUGGAGGUAGUCUAUGUUCUAGUUUAUUAUCAGAUGAUGUUGUAUUAGAUACUGGAGGUAGUCUAUGUUCUAGUAUAUUAUCAGAUGAUGUUGGUAUGACCUACACCUCACCACCUCAAUCAUUAUUAAGUUAUAAUGCGGCUGAAUGUAUGAGACAACAUAUUAAUGAUUGUAUAGAAUUUAUAUCUGAUCUUCAUACACUUACUAAAGUUAAG